AUGCCAAGCUUCCUGCAUUGUGCUCCUCUGGGGAAGCUGUACCUGAGCCUGGCAUGUCUCCUGUCCCUUUGGAAUGCAGUGUCUGCCAUUAAAGAAGAAGCCAAGAAGGAGAAGCUUAUGACCUUCCUACCUACGGCAGCAUCUGGCAAUAACGAAGUUCAGAAGGAGAAAGAUGUGGCUUUCCUCGGUGCAACAGAGCUGCCCGCAAGGUCGGUGGACCUGUCUGCGCUCAACCUGACAGAGCUGGUGAACAGCAUGCUGGCCAGAGCUUUGAGAGAUAGCAGGAAAUUCUUCUCCUUGCUGAGCAUCACGUCCUACAGUUCCUUUGCCUUCCACAAGUUUUCUGUGGCCAUUUACAACAUUUCUAACCUGAAGACAGUGGAUCCAGUUAAAUUCCCUACCCGGUACUGCUAUUGUUUAAACAAUCGGACCAAUGACCUGUCAGAUUUCACAGCCUUGUUGGUGGACAUCAUCGGCAAUUCCACGAGCUACCUCACAGAGAUUUUUAAGUCGACUUCCAUCCUCUCAGUGAGUCAGACGAAUGAAUCGGACUGCAUCUUCAUCUGUGUGAUGACAGGGAAAUCAGGAAGGAAUCUGUCUGACUUCUGGGAGAUGGCAGAGAAAUCUCCUGUUAUCAAUUACACAUUCACCAGCAGCACAUCAGGUGUUCAGAGAACACAGACUCCAAGUCCAACCAAGGCACCGGCUCCCAAGUACCCACAUGCAGGUGACCUGCCUGCAGCCUGGCCAUUCUCCCGGGGAGAGGAGCCGGCCCUGGUCCCCUGGCCCCACCAAGUCUCCAGGUGUCCUCAGCCAUUCCCCAAAGAGGGGGCCCAGACAGCUGCUCCUCCCACCCUAGCCUUCCAGAAGCUCAACCCUUGCCUCAUGGAGCUGUGCCGCUUCUUCCAGCAAUGUCUCUGCAUGGCCCCCAAGAGGGUCCCUGGGAUGGAAGCCGUGAGGUACUGUCUUGACUACUACUCCUGGUUUCUGAAGAAUGCAACAUACAUCUGCCAGAGGAUGAAGAGAGUGUCCUGGUCAUAUACCUUAAAACAAAAAUGCCUUGAGAAUAUUUGCAAGUCAGUGUGA